AUGUUCGUUUUUCUCACUGCGUUCUCUAGCAGUUUAUCGCAAAACUCGACGGACUUAUCUGAGUGCGAUCCGAAUCCCAGCUGCAUUCAAAAUUUAUCAGACAUCAUUCAAAGGUUCAAGUCCCAAUGGUCGGUGGCAGACUGGUACAAAUUUGGGUUGUUCCACGAUGAGCAAAUUUCUGAUAUCAACAUCCAUUGGCUGACCUUUCCUCCACCAGAUGAUGGUCAUUUUUACGCGCUAGGGGUUUUGUAUAUUUUUCUGAUGAUUUUCGGGUUGACUGGGAAUUUUCUUGUGGUAUUUCUGUUCACCAGGUACUUCGUGAUCAAGUACCCUUUGAACAGAAGCUUCUCUGCACUCAGGAUCAAGUUGUGUCUGGGCAUCGCCUGGAUAUACGGAAUUUUUUUCGCGAUGAUUCCGGUCCUGGAUAUCGGCUUGGGGAAGUACACCUACGAGGGGUAUCUGACGAGUUGCAGCUUCGAUUAUUUGACGGAAGACCGGUCCAUCAAGCGUUUUAUAUUCGUUUAUUUCGUGGCUGCUUGGGUCGUACCUUUCCACCUCAUUUCUUUCAGCUAUUUCAACAUUCUGAAGGUUGUUACUAACAGAACCAUGUCACAGAGAAGAGGCGACUCCUUCAGACACGUCAAAGACGAUGACAGCAAGAAGCAAGAAAUCAAGCUAGCCAUGGUGGUAUUCGGCACCGUCCUCCUCUGGUUCCUAUCUUGGACCCCUUACGCUAUCGUGGCUCUAUUAGGAAUUUUUGGCCAAAAACACUUGAUCACCCCACUUUCCUCCAUGGUACCGGCUCUGUUCUGCAAGACUGCAAGUUGCCUCAACUCUUACGUCUACGCUCUAUCUCAUCCCAAGUUCAGGGCAGAAUUGAGGAAGAUUUGCUGCAGCUGCAGCUACUUGCAAAGGAGGAGGGAGAAAAAUAACAAGGUAUGGUCUUCGGAGAGUACCAGCAGUAAGAUUUGCACGCAUGUUUGUCAUUCAGAGUCAAACGUAGACAUGGGCAUUUCCAUGGUAGGGGAACCUCGAAGUAUGGCACACCCAACAAAACAAUUGGACAGGCAGGAAACUGUAAUGGAGAUGAUCUGUCUGAGACCGAGUUUCAGGAAUAGACCUUCGAGUGUCAGGAGAUUGGCUAGGAGAUGGUCCUCUAAAUCUAGGAAGGAAGAAGAGCAUCAACAUGAUGAUGCUAUUUCCAGUUUUGAUAUGGUUUGUUUGGAUUGAAUUAAGUUGAGAAAAUGGAUCACUUAUAUAAUUCUCCAAAUUAUAUUGGUAGAAUUCUCAGUAGUGACUUUUCUUGGGAAGUACAGAAGUGCUAACUACAUUCUCCCACACUGUACAGGGUGUUCCAAAAUUAGCCUGCCAAACUUCACCUGCGGCUUCUACGACCAA